AAUGCUGUUGCAAUAAUCAAGAAAGAGUGUGGGUCAAUCAUAAUAAUAAACAGCCUCCUCUCAUACAAUAAAGAUGAUUUCUGAAAAAUGGAGAAGAAUAUCAUAAGAGGUUGAUAAUCAAAAAGUUAGCAGACUAUAAUAAUUACAAGAUAAAAUGAAAGAGAUUGAAAAACAAGCAUUAACAGUUAAUAAUCGUGAAAUCAAAUAAUUAUAAGAUUCAAUAAAUACUCUUAACCAAAAUGUUUAAGAUCAUUUGACUUAAGAAUAUAAUCAUAAAACAUAAAAAGCUUAUGAAAAUACAAAAAAUUCUUUAGAUAAAAGUUUACAACAAUAAAAUCAAUAAUCAUUAGAUAUGGACAAAAGAAUAUCUCAUAUACUUGAUUGGAAUAAUCUAUAAGAUUAGAUUUCAAGAAAUGAAUCUUAAUAUGACUUUGCUCUUCAGAAUAAAUUAUAAAUGAUAGCAGAUUCAGUUAAUUAGAUUGAAGACAUUCUAGAAAGUGAAAGAGAACAAAGGUAAAUGAAUAUUAUAUAUUAAUAGAUUGCAAUCCUUUGAGUAAAUAGAGGGUGAAUUAGAAUAAAAUCUUUUUUAACUUAAAAACUUCAUUUCUUAAGAAUCUACACUUAGAAGAUAAAAGGAAAAUAAAAUAUUUGAUAUGAUAAAUGAUGUGCAUUAGAAUUUAUCAUAUAUGUUGUAAGAUGAAAAGAAAGAGAGAUAGAUAAUGACAAAUAAUUUAAUGCAAUUAAUGGAUGAUGCAUGUAUUAGAAUUGAUAGAAGUCUAAGUUCAUUUUGA